CUCAACUAUAAAACCCCAUCUCUCCUGCUUCAUAUACUACUCCAAUACUACACCAAAGCACUAACAAAAACUUUCUUCAACCCCACUUUGAUUUACUCGUCCUCGUCUACCCCCUCACCCAUCACUCGACCAUGGUCUCCGAGAAGCCGGCGGUCCAAUCGAAGCACGUGUGUGUGAUCGGGGCAGGCCCGUCAGGUCUCGUGGCGGCCCGGGAGCUGCGAAAGGAAGGCCACAGCGUGGUGGUCUUGGAGCAAAGCCACGACAUCGGUGGCCAAUGGCUCUACGAGCCGAACGUGGAAGGCGAGGACCCCUUGGGAAGGGACCCAUUCCUCAAGGUCCACAGCAGCAUGUACGAGUCGCUGCGGCUCUUGUCGCCGAGAGAGAUCAUGGGCUACAGCGACUUCCCCUUCUUGGUGAAGAAAGAUCGGGACACGAGGAGGUUCCCUGGGCAUAGGGAGCUUCUGUUGUACCUUCAAGAUUUUGCGGAGUGGUUCGGGUUGAGGGAGUUGAUCAGGUUCAACACUAGGGUUGAGCAUGUAGCGAUGGCGGAUUACAGCGAGUUCGGGACAGAUUUGAGGUGGGUUGUGAAGAGCAAAGAGAUCAUCACCAAGGGUGACGAUGAGAAAAUGGUGGAGGAGGUCUUUGAUGCUGUGGUGGUGGCGACUGGUCAUUACGCUCAUCCAAGAAUGCCUUCCAUUAAAGGAAUGGCUACAUGGAAACGGAAGCAAUUUCACAGUCACGUUUACAGAGUCCCCGAGCCGUUCCGUGACGAGGUUGUGGUGGUGGUUGGUAAUUCAUAUAGCGGCCAAGACAUAUCGAUGGAGCUCGCGGGAGUGGCAAGGGAAGUCCAUCUCAGUUCCAAAUCUCCUGACAUUACAGAAGGAUUGUCCAAAGUCCUUGAUAAGCAUCGCAACCUCUGUCUUCGCCCUCAAAUAGAUUCACUCAACGAAGACGGAACGGUAUCGUUCCUCGACGGUUCAUUUGUAAUCGCCGACACCAUUCUAUACUGCACCGGGUACUCCUAUGCGUUCCCAUUUCUUGACACCAAAGGGAUUGUGGUGGUGGAUGAUGAUCGAGUGGGACCUCUCUAUGAGCACACCUUCCCUCCUUCCCUUGCUCCUUCUCUGUCCUUUAUUGGCAUCCCUAGAAAGAUCAUUGGUUUCCCUUUCUUUGAGUCACAAGCCAAAUGGAUAGCUCAACUUCUGUCUGGAAAAAGAACGUUGCCCACAUGGAACGAGAUGAUGCAGUCGAUCAAGGACUUCUACAACUCCAUCGAUGGCGCUGGAUUGCCGAAGCACAACACUCACGACAUAGCAAAUUUCGAGUAUUGUGAGAAAUAUGGGGACAAUGCGGAGUUCCCCCAUUUGGAAGAAUGGAGGAAAGUGCUUUGCCUGUCAACCGUAAAGAACAUUGCGGUGAACCUGGAGACGUUUCGCGAUUCAUGGGAUGAAGGCGAUGAGAAGCUGCUCCAGGAAGCAUUCCAGAGCCCUCACUUCACUCAACUCGGAUCACAAGUCCUAACAUUUCAAUCCCAACCCGAACGUUGUUGAUGAUUAAGGCCAAAGGGUGAUGCUUUUGUCCCCCUCUCAUUACAAGAUUAUCAUUCGACAAGGCAAAAAACUUUGGAGUAUAUCAUCUGCAAUGAUGCCCUGAUCGAAUAGAAAUUACAAAUCUCUGGGGCAAUU